AUGACUGUGUUUUUAUGAAUGAAAAGAAUCCUGCGAGUGAGUAAUUCCAGGAAACUCGCGUUACAACUCAGCAGAUCCCGGGGCCCCCGCUCGGCCGCGCGCCGCUCUCCGGCCGCCCUCGCCAGGCCCCCCGCUGCGUGCGUGCGCGCGCUUUCGCCUCCGCUCCCGGUCCCCGGGGCCGCACGGCCGGGCCAGGCUCGACCGGCGGGGGGAAGCCGGCACAAAGCCUCCCGCCGAGGAGCCCCGCGCGGGCCAGCCUGGGGCGAGACGAUGGCCGCAGAUGGACUCUCUAGCAAGGCCUUGAAGGUGAAGCGGGAGCUGGGGGAGAACACGCCACUGCUGUCGGACGAGGAGCUGAUGGGGCUGUCAGUGCGGGAGCUCAACCACCACCUGCGGGGCCUCUCCAAGGAGGAGGUGGCGCGGCUGAAGCAGCGCCGGCGAACGCUGAAGAAUCGGGGCUACGCGGCCAGCUGCCGGGUGAAGCGGGUCUGCCAGAAGGAAGAGCUGCAGAAGCAGAAGAUGGAGCUGGAGUGGGAGGUGGACAAGCUGGCCCGGGAGAACGCCGCCAUGCGCCUGGAGCUUGACACCCUCCGCGGCAAGUAUGAGGCCCUGCAGGGCUUCGCCCGCACCGUGGCCGCCCACGGCCCCCCGGCCAAGGUGGCCACUGCCAGCGUCAUCACCAUCGUCAAGUCCAGCACCAACCAGGCUGCCUACUCCUAGUGCCGGCCCCGUCCCCCGGCCGGGUGCGGCCCCCCGGGGCGCCUUCCCCCACGAAUCGACUUGAAGGUUGCCUCCCUCUUCCCUCCCCCAACCCCCUGCUGUGGCUGCUGGGACCCGUGAUCCGGGGCCCGAAAUCCCUUCCUGCUCCACGUGGCAGUCUCCCUUGGAUUUGCAGCCUCUCCUCUCCCCAGGGCCCUCUCACUGCCUGGGGCUGACCAUCCUACACAGGGAGGGCUGCCCCGGCAGGGGCGCUGGGAAGGGAUGACAGGACCCUGCCAGGGACCCCUCGAGGAAGCAGUGGCUCCCGAAGCCUGGCAGCACCCCGCAGCCCCCCUCGUGUCCGACUGCAGCCCCAGCCUCCUCCCUGUCUCCUGCUGCAGCCUCCACCCCGGCCGGGCACCUCUCACCCAGGCAGGUGCGUGUGGAAAAGGAGGAUGCUCAUGCAAAUGGAGCUGGGGAAACGUCCCAUGUCUUCAAGCUGGCAGGAAAACCCUGUGCACCUCUUUUUUGGAGAGGGUGCAGGAGAGCUGAGCGCAAGGCAGGCACUCUCAGGAGCACGCCAGGGAGAAAAAUGAAGGGAGGAAGUUUUGCAGAAGGGACAAGAUGAGCAGGUGUGUAUCAGUGCAGGGGUCUGGCUCAGUGUCAGCCUCAUGACUUGGACCUAUGUUGGCCACUGCCGCUGUCAGCACCUGGGAGAGACAGCAGUGCGGCCGUGGGUGCGCAGAGGCCGUGGGCCCACUUGGCUCAGCUCUCUGCUGGCUGAAGCCUUGAGCUUUCUGGCGCAGAAGGGAUCAGAGACAGCGAUGGCAGGUGAAAGGUCAGAGGGAGAGAGAAAGUGGCCAUGGGUUGGUGCCUGAGUAAGUGUAAGUAGAGGUGGAAAAGCAUCACGGCAGCCUGUGACUCUGGAGGUCAGGGGAGUCCAGAGGUGACAGGGAGCAGUGGCGAGAGAAGGGAGGACCUUGGCAAAGGGAGAGUUAGGGGACAGUGAGCAGGUCAGUCCCGGCCUUGUUUCCUUCGCUGUAGCCCUAGGCUGUUGCUGGUGAGGGCUGAGGGGAGAAGCAAGAGGUGCUCUUUUAUCUCUCUCCAUCAUGCACAUCCUUCACACCUCUUCCUGCCCACGGGGAUGUGGCAGCCCAGCCAGGCUGAGUGACUCUGAAACAGAGAGGCACGGGCAGGAAGGAAAUGAAAGCAGCUGACACAGAGAUAAACACUAUUAUGUUCAGUACAGGCCGGCUUGGAUGGCCCCACAAAGCCAUGCACACGUUCCCCUCCACUACAAAGUACGUGGAAAGGUGCUCCUGGCCCCAGGGAGCAAGAGUUGAGGCUGGCUAGAAAGGAGAGGCAGAAAGAGGGGUGGAGGUGUUGAAGGUGGGCAGUGCUGGACUAGAGACUGAGGGACAGAAAGUGCCUCUGCUCCUGGGAGUUGCAGGACCUGCCUCGUGCGGUGUUGCUCCUCCCUUUGAUUUUCCUCUAGCUUGGAUGCAAGCCUGGGACAGCUAUCUCUUCAGAAGGCUUAAGCGCUGGAGAAGAGUUGGGUUUUACAAAUGCAGGCAGCAACAUGGAGACUUGGGGAGGUAACAGGAGGCAGCCCCUUCUUGGCAUCUGCCAAGUACCUGAUUACCCCUUUCUGCCCCUGCCUGGAUAUUGCCACGCCAGCCACACUAGGCUGCAGCCUCCAUCCCUCCCUGAGGAGAGGUGCCCACCGCGCUGCAGAGAGGGCACUAUGGUUAGCAUCCCCCCACCCCAUUCCCAACUCCUCUUGGGUUUAUUUAUUGCACGAACAUAAGUUAUUUUCACGUCCUCUUUGCCAUUCCGCCUCUCGGCACAGCCAGGAUGUUGGUACAGAGCCGUACUUUAUAUUUUAUAUAUGCAAAUCACAUUUUAUCUUAUACUUAUAUAGAGCAAAAAAUACUUAUUUAUUUUCUGACUUACAGUAUGUGUCCUACCUGACUUCUCUGUAUUUUGUAGACUUUACAAAUAAAGCAAGUUCUUUUUUUUCCACA